AUGACGUCCACACAUGAUUAUUGGGGAAACCGAUGUUCCCCAAGGACCCAUGUUCAAACAGAUGAGAACUUCCACCACGGAAGAAGGACCGACCCAAACUGCAACCUCGAAGACACCCUCAUAUUCAGCGAGGAGGACCUCGAGGCCAUGAUAGAACUACACAACGACGCACUGGUGAUCUCGUUUCUUUUAAAUAAUACUAGGAUAAAGCGCGUGCUUGUGGAUCCAAGCAGCUCGGCCAACAUAAUUAGAUCAGAGGUAGUAGAACAACUGGAGAUGCUCAAUCGAGUUGCCCCCAUCCCUCGAGUCCUCCACGACUUCAACAUGACCGGGGAAGUAACAAAAGGAGAGAUCAACCUCCUGAUCCACACGUCCGGCGUGAUUCAGAACACCAAGUUCCAAGUCUUCAACGGCGACAUGAGAUACAAUGCAUUACUCGGCAGGCCUUGGAUACACAGUAUGAGGGAAGUACCGUCAACAUUACAUCAGGUGAUAAAGUUCUCCCAUGAAGGACGGAAUCACGACCAUAAUGGAGAACAACAAGCAGUGAAAGAAAUUUUUGCAGUCCACAAUAAGGUGCCGAACCCACGUGCCCGAUCUUAG